AGCGGACAUCAGCGGACUCAAAAAACACCUUGCGCGGUGUGGCGAGUCUUUUUUGUGCAAUGGCUUCGCCCAACAAACCGGCGUCAGAGCCCAACAUCGACAACAAGAUGGCCAAGGGGAGCCCCAGGGCUGGUGCCAUGGACCGCCAAGAGUCCCCACCGCCUGGCCACUUCGCACGCAUCCGUGAGCUGUCACCCUUCGCGGCCUCGGAACUGCCGACGCUUCAUGACAUGGCGGCUGAGCUGUCGACGAAGGCGACCGAGUUCUCAGCCAAAGCCCAGGCAACUGCCACGGAGCUGUCGGCCAAGGCCACAGAGUUCUCGGCCAAAGCCCAGGCAACUGCCACGGAGCUGUCCGCGAGAGCACAAGCAACGGCCACAGAGCUCUCGGCCAAGGCACAUGAGCUGUCAGAUUCAAUUUUUAAUCACAUGUUCCGCUAUGAGUCCGCCGCGGAAGCACGCCGCCGUGCUUUGAUGCUGGUGGAUGUUCUGGUGGAGCGGCACAGUGCGGGUCGGCUCAAGAGGCGCUGGGUCUUUGCUGCGGCCUUCGUGACGUUUUGCUAUUUGCACUACAUCUUGCCGGUCUUGGCCUGCUGGGGCUCAAGACGAUGGGAGCAGAGUGUGGACGCCAGCGAGUUUGAAGCGACCGUCGGAGGGCAUAACUCCCACGUCAGUUUUGCAGUGCUCGUGGUCGUCUCCCUUGGAUACCUUUCCAUGCUUCACUGCUCGUCAAGAUUGAUGGAGGCUAGAUUGCCCAUCCAGAGCAGCAUUUUUGAGAUGCUUGUGGUCUACAACAUGACUCAAAUGCUCUUCAAUGCCUUCGUUUGCAGUCAGCUCCUUCGAGAAGCGUACCUGCAAGGCUUCACUAGGCCUUGGGGCAACAUCUUCACAUACACCAAGGAAGGUCACCGACUUGGUUAUUUCAUUUGGCUUCAUUAUCACGGCUGCCAACUGGAGCUCCUGGAUACGCUUUUUGUUGUCAUUCGGAAGAAAUUUCAAAAGAUUACCUUUCUGCAUGUUUGGCUCCGUCUCUUGAACAUGUGGGGCUGGUUCUUUGCAUGUCGCUAUGCCUGCGGUGGCGACACCUACUUUCCCGCCUCUGUCAACUCGGCCACUCGGGCUGUUGUUUACGCUUUCUAUAGCUGGUCUCUUCUGACGGAACGUGGAGUUCCACUGGUGCAAAAGGCUCACAUCACAGAGCUCCAGAUGUUUCAGUUUGCAAUUUGUGCGUGCCAUGCGUUGUCUUGCAUGUACAACUUCUGGAACAUGCAGAUUCCCAAAAUGGUCUUAGUGAUUUACUUUGUCGUCAUGAUGAACGGGCUUGUGCUCUACACAGAUUUUCACCACCAAGUUGAAGGCAAGAGUGAGGCCAAGGCACAGUCCGUCCGGAAAGUCAGCAUUGCCUUUGAUUCCAGCGGAUGGAUGUAUUGCUAUCACUUUGGGGUCGCUGCUUGGUUGCGGGAGCACAUGGUCCCUGACGACGUGACACCUGAGAAUGUCGAGACCAACUUCCCUCAGAAUCUGAGCUUCAGCGGCUCAAGCGGUGGCGCACUGGUGGCUACUGCUUUGGGCACCGGAUUGAAUGUCAGAGAUGUCUUCGAAAUGGUCGUGGCGAAACAGCCUGAAUGCAAAUACAAUCCUUUUGCAAUGCUUCCUGCAGCGGAAGAUGUGCUGCAAAAGGCUAUGCCAGACAAUGCACACAAAAGCCUUUCUGGUCGGGUUCGUAUUCUGCUGACGCGGGUAUCCUUCAAGUACCCCUUCUUCACAGCGGAAGUGGUCAAUCAAUACAGCACCAAGGAAUCAGUCUUUCAUGCCCUGAGGGCUUCUUGUCAUGUUCCGAUGCUGGGUGGAUUUGGGCCAUACUGCUAUGAUGGGCAUGCUUACUUUGAUGGAAUGUUUUGGCCGCAAGUCCUGGUGCCGUGGAAAGGCACGGAGAGCGACUUGGUGAUCCGUGUCGCGGCACUCUUACGGAACCCCUCAAGCGACAUCAAGGAGAGCAGUGACAGGAGCGCAUGGGACGUGCUGGCCUUGAGGGCUGCCAGCCAUGGUCUACUCACACCCCCCACUUCAAGGCAGCACCACUGGCGGCGCUGGAUGAGUAGGUCUUUAGCUUUGCCCCCCACCACAGCGAUCUUUUUGCCGCUUUGCGACCUUUGGAGAGCGGUGACAGGAGCGCAUGGGACGUCGAUCUUUCCACCGGAGGAGGACACCUUGCGGGGUCUAUACUGGCAAGGCUACAGUGACGCAGCCCAGUUCUGCACCCAGGGUCCUCAGAACCCUUUCGACUGCAUGUCCUGCAGAGCGUCAGCUGCCUCAAAUGGAGGAAUGAGAAGACGCACACCCAUAAAAGGUCGUGCAAAGCCAGAAGCGGAGCUGAAAGAGGAAGAAAGCAAAGGGUCCAAAGAUGACGGCCCAGCUGUGCUGUUUGAAGUGCAAAAGCUCCUUGUGAAAAAACCCGCCGCACAGCUUCUUCCAGAGGUGGAUCCUUACACAGGAAGAUCGCCAAUGGAAUACAUUUCAAUCAUGGAAGAGACUAUGAGGCGGCAAAAGAGGUGGCUGUACAUUGCGUCAGCGAUGCUUAUAUUUCUGAUUUUGCUAUGGAUCAUCUUCGGCUGGUUCUGAGACAAGUGCUACUAAGGCUGUAAGGCCUAUGGCGAUUAAGUCUUUUUGAAGAGCUUUGCACGUCGCGAAAGCUUCGGUUGGAUGCAUUGCGACUUGCUUUGGUCAUUUCUUUGACCCAUCUUCCCGUCUUGGCAAAGCCAUACCGUAGGGCCAUAGAUUACCAAUUGUUUGUCUUCAUACCAUAGGUUAUCCUAGGUACACAAGUCUUUUACUCAUUUUGCUCUGGACUCUGGUCUUAGACUGCUCAGCCCAUUGAGGGUGCCAAAAAACGCAGCCCUGCGCGGGUCUCGAAUCAUCGCAGGGAGGAACCAAACUUGUAAAUAAAGCUUGAGGAAUGACAACCACCACCACAAGUGCGACAGUUAGCAGAUCGAACAGCACCAUUUCCUG